UUCUUGGUCUUGAAAGAGCAAUCGAUACAGCAGUGGAGAGCAGACUGCAUUGUAAGUUAGACAGAAAACCACACAAGCUGGACACUGUAUCUGGCUUUUUGUUUUACAGCAAAAUGAUUCCAGGCUUUAGGAACACAGCUUCAAUUUCCCAAAGAGAAAAGGAAUAACUAAAAGUGGAAGGUCUGAGUUAAAAAUAAAGAAUUCAUCUCUGCUCUUUUUUCACUUGUCACUGAGGAAUUGAAAUGCCACCUGCAUGUUGACCAAUGGCUGAGAUAAGAGAAACUCUGGGGAAAAUAAGAUUUCAGCUCACAAGUGGUGUUGGUGUCUGCUGCCAGCCCUGUCUGAGCUGUGCAGCAGAAUUCUCUGCUUGUCAGUAUGUUGCUGAAGGUUUCUGGUGGUAAAUCCUGGGGUCACAGAAUGAGUGGGGGUUGGAAGGGGCCUUAAAGAAAAUCCUCUAACAAACUGUUUACCUCCCCUGCCUUUUGUAGAAAUGAAGAACCUGAGGCUGUUCCCUGUGAGAUCACUGGGAUGAACACACUGCUUCAUGCCCCUAUCCAGGCACUGGUGCAGCAGACUGAGUGGUAUGAUGCAGACAAUGCCGCUCAAAGACAAAACAGGCACAACACCACCUUCAUCUUUUCAGAGGAGAAUGAAAUGGAUAUGACAGCCAGUCACACCGCUGUCAUCACACGUAACCUGAAGAACAACCAGGCUGACAACACUGAGAAAAUAGAUAUCAAAUCCUUUCUGGCAGGGUUAAACUCUAACAGUGGGAACGCAGAAGGGAGCAAAGAAUUGCAGUGCUUCUCUGAUCCUACAAGCCAUUUGUGUCCAUCUUCAGAACAGAAAGAAGAUGAUGCUACUGUAAAAAAAAUAGACUUCAAUGAAUUUUUGAUGAGCCUGAAGUCAAACGAGAAGACACUCACCCCUGUGGAGGGCCCUGAGAAAGAGAAUGUUUUCUUUAUCCCUUCUCAAGUCCCAGAAGCUGUGGCACCAUCAUCAGUGGAAUUUGCAUAUUCCCAUGAGCCACUGGACACCUGCAACGUGACCAAAGUCUUUAGAGAGGAACAUGAUGGGAUGGAAGUGACCAAAUGCCAAGGAUCUUUUGUCAAAGCCAUGUUUUCUUCUCAAGCUCCACCACAGCAAUUACAGUGUGAGGAUGUCACCAGGGCCUUUGCAGAUGAUGGGAUGGAUAUGACAACCAGUCACACUGCAAAGGUGUCUUUUCCCUCCUCCAGUGUUGGGAAUCAAAGUCCAAACUUCCAAAAGGAUUUCCCAUCCACAGGGUUGGACAAUUCCACGUUAGAGAGACCAUCUCAUCAGAACUUAAUUGUUCAGCAGGACGCUCAGCUUUGCACAGACAGAAAACCACUUCAAGACAGGCGAGAUCCCACUGUGCUGCGAGCUGCUAAACAAGAGGCCAGAGCAGUGGGCACCAUCCCAGGAACUGUUUCUUCUGAGACUGUCUUCCGAGGUGAUAAAACCGUUGAUGUGUCUAAAUGUGAGGACAUCGAAAUAACUAGGAAUUACACAGAUGUCAUCUGUAGUGACAGUACCAAAGAAAUGAACAGUUCACAUCUUAAAGCUUUUGAAAAGCCAGUUAAUGCAAACACUGUGCUGGCAGAACACAGCCAUGUGGCACGUGAUGGUAAGGACAUUGCAAAGAGCCUGACAGCUUCAGAUCAUGGAGCUCCUGUGUUGUAUAAAGCCAGCGCACUUGAAGUGCCCUCAGGCUCGGAUGAACUAAUAAAGAAAGUGUCCCAGGAUCAUGGGAAUGCUGCAGCAAAUGCUGGCUUUGAUUCCUGUACAAAUCCAGCAUCCUGUGGGGUUCCCAAGAGCAGACUCCAGCACAGGCUAGGGAACUCGCAGCUUGUUUCCCUGCCAGGUGAGAAGACAGUGAUAUUCUCAGGAGAAGACAUGGACCUGACCAAGGCUUGUGUUGUCAAGGAUGGAGAGAAUGCUGAAAGCGAACGUCCCACUGGAGUGUUCACCUCUGUCCCCUGCAAACCUCAUUUUCUUGGUAACAAAUCUACAUGUCCCAGUUCAGAUGAGCAGGAAGAAAUGGAAAUAACCAAGUGCCAUGCUGUUGUCAUUGAUGAUCACGGCAAGAAGAUAACUGCAGAAGCAGAACAAAUGCAUUGUAAAAUAAUUCCAAGAAAGAACCAGAACACAAAUGUCAGUGAAGGUGCAAAUUAUUCAGAUACGGACAAGGAAAAUCGUGAGGUGAUCAGUACCAAUGGGAAUGUUAAAAGAAGCCAGGCUGGGAAAUUGAAUACUAUGGAUCUUGAGAUGGCUGAGAAGCAGCUUGGAAAACCAAACUUUCAAGCAAGUGGUGCAGGUUCCUGUGCAAAGACUGCAUGUCCAUUGCAGCAGCAAAAGAGAGAAGUCCCUGAGAACAGUAUCGCCAAAUCCUGUGCAUUUGUGUCUUUGCAAAGUCAAAAAGUUAUGGCACAACCUUUGGGAAAAAGCCUUCUAAAUGCUUCAGUUUCCAGCACAAAUGACAGAACAGGCACAUUUUCAGGUGAACAAAACAGCAACAUGGCCAAAACUCAUCCUCCUGCCUUUGCUGCUGCUCCUGUGAAUGCAGUACAAGAACAUGGGAAUAAUCAUAACAACAGUAAAGUGUUAUCCCAGCCGCAGCAGAACCAGACCUCCCAGUGCUCCACCAGUCCUGGUGUAGAGGUCAUGAGUCAGACAGCACCAGCAGAACGUGUGGCUUUGAAAAUGAACACCAAUAAUCAAACUGUUACUCCUUUGGCUCCAAAUGGUUCAUUUAUUCCCAGUAAUGAGCCUGCUCCCUCUGGAAUGAAAGGGAAUGAACAGCGUGGAACAGCAUUAGGACUAAAUGCGAGUGGCCAAAGCUCAGGCAAGCAGGAGAAAGAUUCUAGGAGAGGUUUUGCAGUGGGUAAAACAGUUUCUUCUGAGGAGGCUUUUAAAAGUCCCCAUGGAGCUGGUGGCCUGUGCUUGAGGGGUGCUGAGGAGCCAGUUGAGGCCCCUGCCUCUGAGCCACACAUGGGACAUGCCCAAGUGCCUUCGUUCUUUGGGAAGCCAGUUGUGUUUCCCUCUGGUGAAAACAUGGACUUGACAGGAAACAUCACUGCUGCUUUAUCAGCAGGAAAAGCAGUACCUGGAUUCAGUGUCCAGGAUGAAAACAAAAUAAUGUCCUUAAGUAAAGGGGUCACAAUGACAGUGAAUCCUCAGGAGCAGCCUGUGUGUGAUGUGCACUCCUUGGCAGCUGGCAAGAAAACAUUAACCAUGGGUGGUUUAAAACAUCUGCCUCUUCCAGAUGAGACCAUAUUCUCAGAAGAUGCUGACAUGGACAUCACCAGGAGCCACACAGUGUCAGCAGACAACAAAGUAACUGUGCAGCUUAGAAGUUCCAAUGAUGACCUAUCCUUAAUUGCUGGAGAUCAAACUUGUGUUUUUACCUACAAUAAUGAUAUGGAAAUAAGUAGACUGGCUACUGCUACAAUUGCUAAACCUAUGGAAAAGGCUGGGUCUCUAGGAAUACUUAAAACAGCUAAAAGGGCUGGAAGGAAAAGCUUGACGGGAACAGCAGGGGAAAAGACUGUUUUGUUUUCACUGAAUGAUGACAAUAAUGACAUGGAGAUCACAGAGAGCCAUACAGCUGCCAUAGGCCAUGAAAUGGUCUUGCAGAAUGAGGCAGGGCCUCAAUCCCUCUCUUCAGCUCAUCCCAUUAAAACUGCUGUGUUCACAUGCAGUCAGGCUGACACGGACACUAUCAGGUCUUGCUCUGCUGAUAAAAUUGCUGUAAAAGUUGCAUGUGAUGAUAAACCAAAGUGGGAUAAGGUGGCUGGAGACCAAGUGCUUUCAAAUGGUGAAGCUACUGUGUUUGCUCUGGAUGAUAUGGACGUCACCAGAACCCAUCAUGUACCUGUGGAAGAGGAUCCCUUGCCAGGUAGGCAGCUCUGUGGGGCUGCUCCUGUGACUCCCACAGUGAUGUUCACAAGUAACCAGGCUGAGAUGGAAAAAACUGAGUCUCACCCUGUUGAUCAAAGUGUUGCAAGAGGCUUUUGUGAGGACAGACUGAAAAUGGCCCAACAGCUUGGACAGGAGGUAGGUUCCAGAACUGUCAUUUUCACUUCGGCUGAGGACAUGGAGUUUACUAAAGCUCAGACAGCGGUGAUGCAUGGUGAGAUGGUGCUGUACAGGGAGCCCAUCCCAGCCAGGUCUGCAGCUCCUGCUGAUAAAACCAUUGUGUACACCCACAACCAGGAUGAUAUGGAAAUAACUGCAUCCCACACUGUUGCUGUUAAUAACAAUAUCAGUGGAUUGGACCAGGAGGCAUCAGAGAAGAGCACUCAGCAAGCAGACUUGCAUUGUGGCUUGUCUUCUUGCAGAGAUGAAACAGAUUCCUCACAUCCAGGAGACCUGAAUGGUGAGUGUCAUCCAAAAUCUGAGGAUGAGCCCACCAUUUCCUCUUCUGCCUCAUCAGCCUCAGUGUUCCCGAGCAAGAAAGGAGCUAUCCCAGUCCCCAGUGACACACCAGCAAAUCCUGUGUGUUCUGUCUCACCUCCAGAAGAGACCAUGGGUGUGGGGGCACCACAGGAUGUGAACCUUCCCACGGAUAAUUCUGUCCCUGUGAGCAGGGAGCAGGAUCUCAUUCCACCAGAAACCCUGAACUUAAAGCGAAAAUCUUCCAAACUUCCAAGUGAGGGUCCCACGGAUUGUGGGGAGGGAAGUGGUGAUCUGGCAUCCCAUGUUUCACUUCCCAGUCCAGCAGCGAAACGUUCUCCAGAUGCAUGUAGUUCACAGGGAAACCAAGCACUAGAAGAGGACUCAUGUAGAGGUGAAGAUUUAGCUACAGACUUGGGCUUGGCUGGAGCAAAUCUUGUUACUGUCUCUAACAAGGAGUCAAAGGAAAACCAGGGGCUGUCAGCUGAAGGGGAGACACCACCAAAAGACUUUCACAUCAACUCUGACCAAACAAAGCAACUUGUGGUCAGUGACGGUCCAAGAAACCGAGCAGGCCCCACUCGUGCCUCUGACUUCUCAGGUAUCUUAAAUAUUUGUUCAAAACUGAGGAAUAUUAGAAGGAAAUCUGCAGUUUUCCCUCUUUCUGAAACUGCUCUUUCUGUCCAGUUGCCCAGUUCCUCAGCUCAGCCAGAGGAUACUCUGAGGGUAGGGAAAAAUACUGUAAAUGAACCAAGUAACACCAAAGAGCAGGAGGACACAUGCCUUGAAUCUGGAGCUGCUCCCACAGGUGCACAUUUAGGUGUGGCCUUAAAGGGUCCAUACCAAGGAAUAAAUGUCCCUCUGGGUAUCUUCCAGCCUAAGUUACCCAACAGAAGGAACCCUUCUGUUUCUAGUGACCAAGACACAAAUACAAAGUCCUCAGACAAAAGAGAAGCACCAGUUGCAGAAGUAACCACUGGUGAAACCCCACAUAACAAGAAGCCUGUGUGGCAGAACUUCAGCCCCUCUCAGUUUAUAGCAGAAGAAUUUCUUCCUGUCUGCCUGGAAGAAAUGGAUUCAAAUGAAUCUGAAAGCUCUAUGCUCGUGGAAAAUAAGUGCAAUGAGAUAAGCAAAACCCCAGUCUCCCAUGAUGAAAAGAAUCAAACUGAGGAGACAAAACCUUGCAACACAAAAAGAGCUUUGGAACAAGAUGAGGAGCACCCUCAAAGUCCAAAGAAGACCAAGAGGGAUGAAAACUUGCAUGGUGAGGCCUCUCAACACCUGCAGGUGACUCUUGGUGCUGUGUCUCAAAGCCAAGCAGAAGUUGCUGAAGGUGAAGAUCCUCCAAACCUCUCAGCUAAAAGCCCUGAUUGUACCCAUGCCAGCACCAGCAGCUCUCUGGAUUCUGUUAAGGCUGACACAGAACUAACAAAGUUAAUGAGCCUAGGUUCAUAUUUCUAUAGGAACAUUAUUAACCCAAGCAAUGUGCCCCCUCUCUUUGUUUCUUGGUUAGUCCAACGGAGCAGUAAGAUGGAGUCUCAGCUUUUCAAUGACAGCAUCUGUGAGGAUAACUUACGGGAGAAAUUUCGGAGUGGUGUUAUCACAGUUGGGGAGUUCUUUACACUGAUUCAAGUCCACGUUCCAAUUCAGAAGCCUCGGCGGAGCCAUAUUCCAGCCAGUGUUGCAGUCAGUGCAGCUCCUACCCCACAAGACCUCAUGUACAGCCAGUAUGUGCAUCGCCCCAAACUGCGUAUUUAUGAAGAAGAUUGCCAGUCCCUUUCUCAGCUGAUAAAGGAGUUAAAACCAUGUGCAAAUGUCCAGGAUCAGCUCCUGGUGAAUGUGAAUAAGACUUUGUGGGAAGUAAUGAGAACCUGCUCUGAUGAACAGCUGAAGAACUUUGGAGCAGAAAUGAACAAAAUGAAAUCCUACUUCACCAAGGAGAGCAAAAUCUUGGGUCACAACCAGAAGGUGACUUUGUACAGCAAAUUGCUUCAGAGUGCACAGGAACAACGUGGGAAGCUCCAGUCCAGAAUAGAGCAGGUGGAUGGAUUGCUGAAGGAGGCAGAGAGCUGUCUUGUUGCUCUGGGAGCAGAUUCUAACUGGGAUGAAGGGGAAGCAGGCUGUGAUGGCAGAGAUGAAAGGGCAGAAGGGAAAAACCUGCAGGAAGAACUGGAAAACCUCAAGGCCCAAGAAGAACAACUUCAAAGAGAACUGUCAGAACUGGAGACUGAGAAUAAGCAAAUGGUGGCUGAGAUGAACCAGUUAAAGAAGAAAGAAAAAAGCUGUCAGGAAAUCCUGGAAAGAUAUGACUUCACCGAGUGGCAGGUAACGGAGUGGUGUGAACAACGUGCAGUCUUUAGUUUUCUUUAUGAUUCUAUUGAACUCACAGUGGUGUUUGGAACCCCCACAGAUGGUGAUGUUUUUGGUGAAGAUCCCUCCAGAAAGAUAGUUAGCCUGAACUUUGAAUCCUUCUUGGAUGAGGAAAAAGCACCACCUCCCUCGUGUUUAGUCCGAAGGCUUAUCUUCCAGUUCAUUGAAAGUCGGGGCUGCUGGCAGGAGAAGUGUCCCACACUGUACUACUUGCCCCAGGCUCUCCAUGACAUCUCUUUGGUGGUGAAUCGUUGCAAGAUCUUGGGAGAGGAGAUGGAAUAUCUGGAGAGAUGGGGUGGAAAGUUCAAUCUUCUGAAGACAGAGAUCAGUGACACAAAGGUGAAGCUUUUGUUCUCUGCUUCAAAAGUUUUUGCCAAGUUUGGGUUGACCCUGUCUCUAUCUGCCACCUACCCCUCUGCUCCACUGCCUUUUACUGUCCAAACCCACGUUGGAAAUAUUGGGGAGGAAGAGAUUUCUGCUGUUGUCUCCAAGGUACCAGUUGGUUAUCACUAUCUGCGGAGAAUAGUCAGCUCCAUUCACCAGAGCUUGCUCCAGGACCCCAGGCGAUUCCCUGGAUCCACUGGCAGGACUGAGGAAGUCAGACUGGAUGUUCUUUGAUUUCAGUGUUGGGAGUUCAAGUUGUCUCCCUAGAACAAGAGUGCUGUUAGCUGUACCUGCUCAGCUCUUAACUACUCUUGUUGACAUCCAGGGUGCUUGGUGUAGGGUACACGUUUUAUCGAAGCAGAGGACUCUAAAGAGGAGAAAGGAAUUUCUCAUGUCUUGGGUAAACCCAACCUGCUUUUUACCUUCUUUCAGUUACCAGUGGUCUUGGCUUCCUUAUAUAGUCCACCCUAGUAUGGAUGUUUGCCUGACAUAGGAUGUUAAUUUUGUUAUGGGUUGAUUUACAAAGCACUUGUUUAAACCAAUUAUGAGUAUUUUCUAAAUUACUAUGGCUGGAAUUUCCAUUAUCAUUCUUCACUCUGGUGUGGCCGUUCAACAGAGCCCAUCAUGUUUGACUUCUAUUCAUUCCCUGGAUUUCCUCCCAAAAGACAGCAACUGCAGUCCUGCUUCUGAUUAACAAAUACAUGACCAGGUAGCCAAAGGCAGAAAUACUCUUGGCAUGAAGACUAAAGACCCUUAGGCUUUACCAUGGACUUGGUGGUGCACCAGACUGGAAGCCACUGGGGUCCAUCCGCAUCUUGGAUGCUUGUUCUGAUGCUCUUUGUCCAGCACAGUCUCUAUGGGUUCCAGUAUGUUGUCUGAGUUUGGAAUGUGUUCGUUUUAGUGUGGAGAUGGAGCUGUUUAAGUUCAGGUGGAUCUAACACCAUGUGCAGCCUCCAGUUCUGCUGUAUAUAUUUUGUAUAUUGUGUAGGAAUGGAUCUGACCCUAAGGGAGUGUAUUGUGUAGAAGUGCCUCCAGUUCUCAGCUGCCCCUUCUGGAGGCAGGAGCAAAUCUUGGUGUCUGUAAAAUACGUUCUUGUGUGUUUGUGUUUAUCUAUUUUUGCCUUCUUUUACAGAUUUUCCUUCCAUUUGGAAGGUUGAAGUUCAUUAAAUGUUUGAAUUAUUGCUCA